AUGCAGCGAGCUGAAGAGCGAGCUGAUGAAGACCACGAGGAUUUUGUAGGACAGCGCCCCUUCUACCUCCCAUAUGGGUACGUUUACAAGAGGGAUCCAGUUCCUAGACCGGAGCGAGGUAGCUACGACUGCAUCCGGCAUCAGUCCUAUCGGGAUACUUUUGCUCUGGCAGGAGCUACUGCAGAGCAGCUUGAGGAAUUCUUUGAUGGAUUCUACAUCGAAGAGAAGCAGCCUGACGAGGAGUUCCAAGAGCAAGACUCUGCACCACCGAUUCAACCUCCCCAAGGUUCACGCUCCUCUCAUUGA